AUGAACACCGCAGAACAAAGAUACAACUAUCUGUCUCGUGAACUCCUACAGUUGGCUACAGGGUUCUUUUUGCCCGUGACCACCCUGCUCAGCUUUUCUCUUCUCGGCCUCAUCUUCAUCCACCGAUAUAUCAAAUAUCGUCGUCUGAGACAAACAAACAUCAUUCCUACAUCUGAUUUCAAACAAGAGCAGGACUUCUGGCUCCAGUCUAUUAUGGAAAAAGGAAAUAUCGUCUCAUCGGCCUCGCGCCCUCCAUCUGCUUGCGAUAUCCUGCAACCUUUAUCGCAUACAAGCUUCUUGCCAAGCAGUGGAGCCCUCGCUGCGCAGGCUAGAGAGCAGCAAAGUGAGAGAUUGGCAUUGGCAGAGAGUAGUCCUACAUCUUCAAAGGCUUCUUCGUCUGGUGCGGCCGAGGAGGUGCAAAAACGCAAUGAAACGAUCCAGCAAAUGUGCGAGGAGGAUGAUGAGGGAGUGCGGACUUGGAAGCGUGUUGUUGUGGAGUACAGCUAG